AUGAACAAUUCCCAGUCAUGGCCCAUGUGGUGGCGUAUCACUGCCCUGGUAAACUUGAGUGUUUAUAAUAUGAUGAACAAUGUUUUCGCUGCUGGCAUUGCACCCUUGUUUGGCUUGAUCAUGGAAGAAUUCCAUUGUGAUCUCCAACAGGUAUCACAACUGUCCUCUUAUACUCUGCUUAUGCUAGGCCUUGCGAACCUCUACCUGAUCAUUGCCGUGUCUUUUAUUGGAAGGCGCCUCACGAUUCUUAUAUCCUUGUCUGUUCUUAUGGGAUCAAAUAUAUGGGCUGCAAAGGCCACCUCGUUUCAAGCUCUACUUAUUACAAGAUUUUUGGGCGGUAUUUCGGGUGGUGUAGUUGAGGGCCUUGCGCCGCUCAUGAUUGCCGAAAUGUUUCCGCGGGACCAAAUGGGGAAGGCCAUGGUUGUAUAUGUGUUUUUCACUGCGGCCGGAUCGUCCCUCGGGUCAAUGUUUUCAGGUAUCAUUGCACAGAGUCUACAUGAUUGGCGGUGGUUCUUUACUAUCUGCGCCAUUAUUCUUGGUGCAAACCUUUCCGCUUGCCUCCUGAUGCUCCCAGAAACUUAUCCUAUCGUGACACCUAAUGGAGAGGUAACAAACACUCCCAAUGCUGAGCAUAUCCAAUCCAAAUUAUCUGAUCAUGAUGUAUCUGCGACACACGUUGAAAUGGGACUAGAUGAGACAGUCGAGAGUUUUUCCUUACUUCGUCUGUGGAUAGAAAGAUCAUUCUAUCCACACAUUUUCAUAAGUCGUCAAAAGCGGUUUUAUAUUCUUUGGAUUAACUCUUUCCGUCUCUUUCUUACUCCCGAGGUGCUCACAACAAUGCUUUUUUGGGCUGCAUGUGUUGGAUGGGUCUUAGUCUCAGCCAUUAUUUCAUCCGCCGUCUACCAGAAAGCUCCAUAUUUUUGGUCCAGCGAACAAGUUGGCCUCCUCAACUUGGGUCCUUUCCUGGGAUUAGUUCUGGGGUUUCCUCUCGGAGGUAUAGUGGCCGAUCGCUUUAUUUCAAGCCGUUCCGAUGGCGAAGUCAGACGAGCUCCAAAGGCGCGCCUCCCUCUGCUGCUCCCUGGUGCUGUCAUAUCGCCAAUCGGAUGUCUUUUGAUGGGUCUCACCCUCCAUUACACUUGGCAUUGGAUAGGAUUUGCUGCAGGUUUUGGAAUGCUUGCUUUCAGCGUCACUUCAUCUUGCAACAUCCUACUCACUUACUCGGUGGACACAUUCAGAUUGCACGCUGCCCAAAUAGGAUUGGUUGUGAAUAUGACCAAGUAUAUCCUCUCAUUUGGGAUGACAUUCGGAGUGAUCGACUGGUACGUGACAAAAGGUCCUCUUUCACAAUUUGGAACAAUGGCCGGAACGCUCUGGGCCAUUUACUUUCUAUCAAUGCUUUUGUAUUUCUUGAGUAAACCGGUUGCUCGCAUCUCAUGUUGGGCCCUUUCGUCUCCAUCAUGA